CGCUUCCCUGGAGGUGCCGGGCCGCCGGACUUGUCACCGUCGCACCGCCACGCCACACCACGCCGCGCGCAAACCGGCCACGAACGGGCUCGGGGCCGCGCCGCGGGCCAAGCCAAGCUAAGCUCCGGCAGUCGCGAGCGGCCAACUCAUCGAGCGGGUGCUCCAAAUCGCGGUCGGUCCUGGCGACGGUGCCGCGCGCGUACAGGCACCUUACGCGCGCUCGUACAACACAUUUACGCGUACGUGUGACUUGUACGCACUCGCAAACACACGCACGCACAUACAUACACACACACACACACACACACACACACGUACGCGACGGUCGCGUCGCAUCGCAUCGCAUCGCAUCGCGCAGCGGGAGGAGCAGCGGUGGAAAAGCUCAGACGAGAGAGCGGUACUCGCGCACGAAGUAGCAUCGGGUACACGACAAGAGAGAAAGAGAAAGAGAGAGAGGGAGAGAGAGAGGGUAGGGAGAGAGAGAGAAUCGGGUUUGUGAGCGGAACGUAGUGCGCGCAAGCUUGCGGAGAAUAGUCCAGGCGGACGCCUGAGGGGGAAGAUCGACGUGCGAGCUCCCAGUGCCGGAGCUUGCGGAGACGCGCUACCUUCUCGGGAAGAACUCUGUUCGUGGGGAGAGGCUUUCGACCGGCUGGCGUGCUUUCGGGACUUCCGGAUCGACGCGUCGCGCGAGCUUGACAGGCGAGCUUGACGCGUGCAGUGCUUGCGCUCCGGAUCCAGAAUCGCCGGAAGAGCCACGCGGAACCACCAGUCUGGGACCAUACGAGGACAGACGGAGCGCGCGUUGCGAUCGAAGGAAAGCUCGCGCGCGUAUUUCGAGAUCGGAGCGCCCGAUGAACGAGACUCGCUCGGCGUACGGUCCUCGAGCGGGCGACAAACGCCUCUUUUUGUUCGGACGCGAGGCACGGCGGGGCUUUCAAAAAGUACACCGGAAUGCCGCGGACACUCCUCUUUCGUUGACUGUUUGAUGUUUGCUCGUAAACGUUUUCUCCCCUACUCUAUAAGCGGUUUCGGCGAGGCUUCACCCAUGCAGAUUUCAAUUUCACAGACGUGACCGGGUUUUGCGAGUGUGCGCUCGAAUAAUACACGGAAGCUUCGUAGCAAGAAACGAAUUUCUUCUCGCCUUCAGCCAACUGGCAUUCGCAAGUGAAUAACACUUUGGGUUAAGCUCGCAUCUCGAUACACGAGAUGUUUCAAAUAAUAUUCUGUGAAAAGUUGCACGCGUGAUCUUUGCCAGCUACGAAGUGUACAAGGGAAAUUUUACGGAAACCUCUAAUCUUCUCGUAGAGUAAGGAUUCUAGACUUAUUUUCUCAAGUGUCGUGAUCAUCUUCUCUCUACAGCCUUUGAAACACUCUUCCUUGUUGUUGAUAAGAGAGAACGUUUCGUUAUGUGAGUUUCGUGCGGUUUGAAUGUGACCCCGGCUCGAUAGAGGCAUCGAGUCUCGUCGACGAGUAAUGUCGUCGAUAGUCGUUUUUCCGAGAAGUGCACUCGUAUCUAUGUAGGGACCCGACGGGGAGCUCGAAAGCUCGAGAAUGUAGUGUCCUGGUGGGCGCUUGCUGGCGGAGACUCAAGCUCAGGCUCUCGCGGCGGCCAAGCGGGCCGAAACAGGUGGAAGAUCUCAGGCGCGAUACUCUGAAGAGUACUACGAAGAGCUAUCGCGUGACUAUCGAUGAUGAUGGGAGGCACGUUGCCAGAACGCGAUUGGUUGGCCCGGCGCGCGUCUCCGCUCGGCUCGUGUUUUGCUGCGUGCCGGUCGUCACUUCGUUAAGCUCGAUAUUUCCUCAAGAGACCGAGUUAGAGGAAGGGAGAACCUUGCGGGAUGCCAGGUGUGAAAUGACGAUCUUCGGGAUCGUGCCCGAGCUUAGGCCACCGACGCUGAUGUCAUUGUCGUCGUCAUCAUCGUCGUCGCCGCCGCCGCCGUCGUCGUCGUCGUCGUCGUCGUAUUCGUCGUCGUCGUCGUCGCCGCGACGUUGGAGAGGCAAACGUUACUUGGUCAGUUAAUUACGAUUCUUCGACGCGACUCACGAAAUUUUGUAGCGACGAAUGCAGCGAGUCGCGACGGGUCUCUGUAAGAGACUGUUUCGAUAUUUGCAUUUUAGAGAACGAGAGCGACGAUAGGGGAAAACGGAGCCCGUUUUCCCGCGAGGAAAAGCUUUGUUGAAAAGAUUAAGUAUACGCAGCCGACGAGAGAGAGAGAAAGAGAGAGAGAGAGAGAGAGAGAGAAAGAGUAGAUAAAUAGAUUCGUAGGUAAAUAAGCGAGAUAAGUAAAUGGAAGUAGAAGAGCUGGCGCUAGCAAGGAAGACGUAGCAAGUAGAUCUUGGACUUAAGAUCAGAUUAGAAGAACGUUAGAGGCCGAGAGGAACUUGAAUUAAAAAUAGAGAUUAGCAAUGUGAUCGUUUUUUUGAGAAAGAUCCAGGCCAAUAGUCGUACUGCUGAUCGCGCGGCGGACUUGAAGAAGCAUGAAUCAAACAAACAUCAGCCCGAGCUGACCCAAGAAGAAUCGCGGCAAGAAGCGGCGUGGUUGCGCGCCGCAAAUUGGAGUGGGGAGGUCUUUAAGUUCAAAAGCUUCAUUGAAUCUGUAUGUAGAAGAAACCUUUGGAGAGUUGCCAGUCGCAAAUGUAAAAAAUCGUUUCAAGUUCGUCGCAAGAAAGAUAUUUGGAGUAAUCGUCGAGAUAGCGACGAUAACUAACGUUCAAGCGGCGCGCGGUGCCGUAAAUGUCGGGCCGGCGAAAAAACGUUCUACACGUCCAAGGAUUUUAUCCAUCGAGGCGAGUAUCCACCGUAAGUGAUUGAUGCGGGUCGGAUCAUCGAUGUUGAACUUGUCGUAGAUCUAGAUCGCCACUCCGAAGAGAAAGAGAGAGAGAGAGAGAGAGAGAGAGAGAGAGAGAGAGAGAGAGAGAGAGAGGGUCCGGACGUAUAGAAGAUCGAUUCAACGUGACAAGAGUAGAACUCGCCGGCAACGGUCCGGAUCAACGUUGGCUCUCCCGUUACCCUGAAGGAAGAUUCCACCUUCAAGUAUGGCCUCGGUGGCAGCGUGGCUGCCAUUCGCCCGUGCGGCGGCGAUCGGCUGGGUACCGAUCGCCACACACCCACUGCCACCGCCGCCGAUCCCGAAGGACCGGCGCAAGGCCGACGACGAGAAGCUGCUCAUCAACGUGAGCGGCCGUCGCUUCGAGACGUGGCGCAACACCCUGGAGAAGUAUCCGGACACGCUGCUUGGUUCGAACGAGCGCGAGUUCUUCUACGAUGAGGAGAGCAAGGAGUACUUUUUCGACCGGGACCCGGACAUCUUCCGGCACAUUCUCAACUAUUAUAGAACCGGCAAGCUGCACUAUCCGAAGCACGAGUGCCUGACGAGCUACGACGAGGAACUGGCGUUCUUCGGCAUCCUGCCGGAUGUGAUCGGCGACUGCUGCUACGAAGACUACCGAGAUCGCAAGCGCGAGAACGCCGAGCGGCUGAUGGACGACAAGCUGAGCGAGAACGGCGACCAGAACCUCGUGCAGCUGCUCGACAUCCGGCAGAAGAUGUGGCGAGCCUUCCAGAACCCGCACACCUCCACCGCCGCGUUGGUGUUUUACUACGUAACCGGAUUCUUCAUCGCCGUGAGCGUGCUGGCGAACGUGGUGGAGACCGUGCCGUGCGGCAAUCGCCCGGGCCGCGCCGGCACCCUCUCGUGCGGCGAGCGUUACAAGAUCGUCUUCUUCUGCCUGGACACCGCGUGCGUCAUGAUCUUCACGGCUGAAUACCUGCUCAGGCUGUUCGCCGCGCCCAGCCGGUGCAAGUUCGCGCGCUCCGUCAUGUCCGUCAUCGACGUGGUGGCGAUACUGCCGUACUACAUCGGACUCGGGAUCACCGACAACGACGACGUGUCGGGCGCGUUCGUGACGCUGCGGGUGUUCCGCGUGUUCCGUAUCUUCAAGUUCUCGCGUCACUCCCAGGGACUACGUAUUCUGGGCUACACUCUUAAGUCCUGCGCCUCCGAGCUUGGUUUCCUCGUCUUCUCGCUCGCGAUGGCCAUCAUCAUCUUCGCCACCGUCAUGUUCUACGCGGAGAAGAACGUCGACGGCACCAACUUCACCUCGAUACCUUCCGCCUUCUGGUACACCAUCGUCACGAUGACUACGCUGGGCUACGGUGACAUGGUACCGAAAACGAUUGCGGGAAAGAUCGUCGGGGGUGUAUGCUCCUUGAGCGGUGUCCUAGUGAUCGCUUUACCGGUACCUGUAAUCGUUAGUAACUUCAGCAGAAUAUAUCAUCAAAACCAACGUGCUGACAAGCGGAAGGCGCAAAGGAAAGCCAGAUUGGCGCGUAUCAGAAUCGCGAAGGCGUCGAGCGGCGCCGCUUUCGUGAGCAAAAAGAAGGCAGCGGAGGCGCGUUUGGCUGCUCAGGAGAGCGGACUGCACCUGGAGGAGUUCUGCAAGGAGGAGGAUAUCUUCGAGCUGCAGCAUCAUCACCUACUUCGUUGCUUGGAGAAGACCACGGACCGCGAAUUCGUGGAGAUGGAUGUGCCGUACAACGGCGCCCCGAAGAGGCCGGGCUCGCCAUCGCCCCUGACCUCCCCCGCGCACAGCACUGCCUCCAGGGGCGGCCUGCUGCAGUCCUGCUGCGGGCGCUGCUACCCCCAACGUUACCAGGCUCGACGAUAACGAAGAGGCGUUCGAAUUAUUACGAUUAAUUAUCGACCGAUAGCGAUAAUGCAACCGGUGACAAUGUAGGAGCUCGCACGGUGCGCGAGAUGUACAUAUAUAUAAUUAAUAGAUAAUAGAUUAUUAUCUAUUAAUGCAAGUCGUGUUAUUGACUCGUCGGAAACUGGCUUGCGUUGAAGAUCAAACGUAAAAGUUUUGAUUUCAAUCUUCUACUUUUGUGCGACUUUAAUUCCUCUCUCAAUUCUCCCUAUGCAGCGGGCAAAUAGCAAUUUGCAAGUUCGCAGUUGCAAUAUUAUCCAAUCGGAGUAACUUUUUCUUCUGUCCUAUUUUUUACGAUUGUAUCAUAUUCCAUAGCAUAAAUUACAAAGUGUUUUUGCCAACUGUGGUGACAAUCUCGAUGGUAACAUCGCUUUGCUUUCUUUUUACACGAAAUUUCAACAGAUUGUUAAAACGAAUGCGGGUGCAAUUAGAAUUCUAAGCAUUUUAUUACUUGUUCAAGCCUGAUCAUAUGGAUUGUUAUUGUCUCGUUGUAAGGAAUUUAAUUGCGAUGUUAUCGAUUGAUCGGACAUCACAUAGGUGUCCUUUGAUUUCGAAUAGAUUUCCGAUCGUUUCCCAAUUUAGGUGACGCACGUCAGUCUGAUAUGGUUUUCCCAUUGUGAUCGGUUCACGGGGAAAUACGGUCGCGCGUCCUUUAUUUAUUUAUUUUAUUUUACGUGGAGAUCCGUGUCGACGUCAUUCAUUCGUCAUGCAAUCGAUUCUACGUGGCGAUUAAGGGUUGAUCGCAAACCAGCGUGUGAUUGUCAGAGAAGAAUAAAAAAUGAGACGCAUCGCGAUUUUUUGAAAGGUACAUAAAAACAUCUCUCCCGAUUCGAGUAAUUUAUCGUUAAAUUAGUAUUUCCAUUUUAUAAAACUUUUCUUAUUCAAAUCUCGCACUUUGAGAAUUACAUCUUCUGAUAUCUGCGAGAUUUUGCAUCACGUUAAACUUGACCUGCGAGAUCGCUGUAUACAUAACAUUCACGCGCUGUCGAAGUUUUUGAUCGGCCCUUGUUACAUUUUAGUUACAAAAUACUUGCCACAUUCCAGACACGGUCUGUUACUUUCGAUGUGAUUAUUUUUUUCCCCACGUAUCGCGGCCUAAGCGUGACAUGAUGAAAUCAAAUCAACAGAAUCAAGAAAAUAAAGAAACUGAGAUUUUUUAACAAACUCCUUCAUUCCUCACACGACUCUUUUUUUAGGCAGAUAUAAAUAUCACAUUCUUUAUCUAAAGACUAUAAAUUAGGGCCAGCACGAACAUGAAAGUGUUUAAUGCAGCAUUGAGAAAUGUUUUAUCCCAGUUUUGCUCGAAUAAAGUGCAGCGUGAAAGAGAGUGGUGACUCGCUCUCUUUCGUUUAUUUUUAAAUAUACGCACGUUCGUAAUGUGUGCCGAUUAUGUUAAUACAUAAAACAAAAUAUUGGAUAUGAUAUUUAUAUUUGCACGAGUUUUUUUUUAUACA